AUGACGAUCCCUGACUGGCAACAGAAAGCCGAGGCCAAGCGGUCCGAGGCUGCAGCCAAAAUCCCCAAGGAGUGGCAGAUUCCCAUGUCUAUCCUUGAAAAAGGCCACUCGCCCUUUGAUAUCCCCCGAAACUCAGGAAUACUAAGUGAGCGUGAAAUUGCUAUCACCGGGGAUCAUGAUGCCACUGACCUCGUCCGGAAACUGGCUUCCAGGGAGUACAGUUCUCUUGAGGUGACAACCGCCUUUGCCAAGCGGGCUGCAAUCGCACAGCAGUUGACCUCCUGCCUGACAGAGACUUUCUUUGAUGUUGCCCUGCAACGUGCACAGGAGUUGGAUGAGUACCUGGAAAGGACCGGAAAGACCGUCGGGCCUUUUCAUGGCCUGCCCAUCAGCAUCAAGGAAUCAUUCAGCGUGACUGGGGUACCAACGACCUUGGGCUUCGUCUCCUUCUUAGACCGCCCCGUAUCUACGAAGAAUUCGGCUCUAGUUGAGGUUCUACUCGCGGCUGGCGCUGUCUUGUAUGUCAAGACCAAUAUCCCGCAGACCAUGAUGACAGCCGACUCUCACAAUAAUGUGUUUGGUCGAGUCCUCAAUCCAUACGGCAAAGACAUCACCGCAGGUGGUAGCAGCGGCGGUGAAGGCUGCCUUGUCGCUUUGCGCGGAUCUCCCCUUGGGGUUGGUACCGACAUCGCAGGCUCCAUUCGGAUCCCUGCACUAUGCUGUGGUCUUGUGGGAUUUAAGCCCACUGUUGGGCGUGUGCCAUAUGGUGGUCAGACAUCGGCGGCUCGGCCAGGAAUGGUUGGUGUCGCCCCGACCGCAGGCCCCAUUUGCCAUUCUGCUCGUGAUGCAGAGCUCUUUUUGCGUGUUGUUUUCAACUCCAAUGCUGCAGACCUCGACGACGGGGCUCUGGGAAUCUCUUGGACUGAGCCAAAGCCCAGCUCGUUUCUCACCAUCGGAAUCAUGCCUGAGGAUCCAGAACGUCCAAUGCAUCCUCCUAUGAAGCGUGUCUUGGCGGAUGCAGUGCACAGCCUGACUGCAGCCGGACACCGAAUGGUAGACUUGACCAAGAAGAUGACGUUUGUAUCUAAAGCGUGUGAGGUGUCGUGGGAAUACUUCUCAAUGGAUCCUGAUCGAACUCCCCUUGGUCACAUUGCACGAGGUGGCGAACCCCCAAUCCCCUCCCUCCAUUUCACAUAUAAUCUGGAUGGGACAGGCCCUGAGCCGGAUCUCCGCAAGCUUUUUGAGCUGAAUGUCGCCAGGAAUGAGAUCACGGCGCAAAUGCGAGAGCUGUUUGUGGAAAAUCAAUUGGAUGUCAUUCUAGGUCCUGGGUAUCAGAGCUGCGCAGUCGCACACGACGCAUACGGGUUGCCAAUGUACACAGUACUGGCAAAUCUUGUCGACUAUCCGGCGUGUGUGCUUCCGAUCGGCAGUGCAAACGAAGCUGCCGACAAAGCAUUUAUCCGGGAAGUUGAUUAUGUGCCACCUUAUCAGCCUCAAGUGAUAGAAGGUGCCCCCUGUCAUGUUCAAAUCAUUGGCAGACGAUUGAAGGACGAGAGUCUGGCACAUGCGGUUUCUGCGAUUGAGCGGGCUUUCCAGUAA